UUUCACACUAAAAUUCCAGUUGUUGCUCGCUGCCUAAAGGAAACAUGGAUUCAAAAAUAAUGGAGGUGGCUGCUCUGGGUCGACCUUUCACCUUAGGGAUGCUCUAUGAUGCCCGGAGUGAUAAACUCAUCCCAGGUGUCACACUGUGGGAUGCUAAAACUCUGCAGGAGAAGUCAGUGGAGAAAAAUCAGCACAGCAGUGAAUUUGAAGUCAGUGCGUCUGAUUCCACUAAAACAAAAUCCUCUCUGCUGGAUGUUAAUGCUUCACUAAAGGCCAGUUUCCUGGGUGGACUCAUUGAAGUUGGAGGAUCAGCCAAGUAUCUGAAUGAUAACAAGAAAUCUCACCAUCAGAGUCGAGUCACACUUCAGUACAAAGCUACCACCAAAUUCAAACAGCUGAUGUUGACUCCUGAUGAAACCAAGAACACCCAACAAGCAGAAGAUGUGAAGAAUUUGGCGACACAUGUAGUCACAGGAAUCCUUUAUGGAGCAAAUGCUUUCUUUGUGUUUGACAGUGAGAAGUUAGAUGAUAGCAGCAUUCAAGUCAUCGAGGGCAGCAUGCAAGCAGUGAUAAAGAAGAUCCCCUCAUUUAAUGUUGACGGGAAAGUUGACAUCAAGCUGAGUGAUGAAGAAAAAGCUGUGACUGAUAAAUUCACCUGCAAGUUCUAUGGAGACUUCAUCCUUGAAAGCAACCCUGGAACAUUUGAAGAUGCAGUGAAGACAUUCAUCCAACUUCCAAAACUACUGGGAGAAAACAGAGAAAACUGUGUUCCACUGAAGGUCACACUGAUGCCUCUGAAGAUUUUAGAUCCAGAAGCUCCUGAGGCAGUGACUGAGAUCAGCAUUGGACUUGUUAUAAAGGCUCAAGAUGCUCUGAAGGACCUCUAUAACCUGGAAAUAAGAUGCAAUGAUCUGCUGGACGACAGAGUGGUGAGAAGCUUUCCACAGAUACAAGAAAAGUUGAGCAGAUUCAAGAAGCUCUGUCAGUAUUUCAGAUCUUCAAUCCAGAAAACAAUGGCUGAGAAACUUCCCUCCAUCAGGGCAGGUGAGGAAGAUAAGCAGGAAUUAGUGAAAGUGUUUUAUGACAGAGACAAGUCACCGUUCAGUCAGGAGAGAUUAACCAAGUGGAUCAAAGAUGAAGAGAGAGAAGUCACCAUCAUCAGGUACUUUGUAGACAUGAUGGAGGGAACAAAGAUCAUCUCAGAUCAGUCUGAGCUGGACAGAGAGGUGUUUAAACCAGGAGUAGAGGAAGUUCUCUGCUUUGUUUUCACCUCCCUGAAAUCCACUGACCCAUAUCUGCAGAACAUGUCUGACUACUUGGAGAAAAAGAAACUGGAAGGUACUGAUGGUAACACUCCACCUACCCAGGACCAAUGGUACCGCUCAGAUGAAGCGAUAAAGCAGAUGACAGAAAAGGCCGAAGCGGUGAAAAACUGCAGCAGACUGUUUAUAACAGCCAUUCAAAAUGACCAAUACAAAGGAGGAAGUAUCUACCACUACAGGAACACAAACCUGGUCACUGAUGAUUUCUCAGGACCUGAUGUCACUGAUGUGGAAAAGGUGACGAACAGGAGAGAUCUGACCUGUUAUGCCUGUGGUCUCACCGUGGAUCCAAACACAGUAAACAACAACCUCAUCCUGUCUGAAGGAAACAAGAAGGUGACAAACGGAGAGUGGCAGUCGUAUCCCGACCAUCCUGAGAGAUUUGAAGUUUGGCCUCACUUUCUGUGCAGAGAGGCUCUGACUGGGCGCCAUUACUGGGAGGUAGAACUGAAUAUGAAUAAAGGUGCAGAUGCUGCUGCUGCUGUUUGCUACAGAAAAUUAGAGAGAAAGGGAAAAGGUAGACUGACUGGGUUCGGGUGGAAUAACAUCUCCUGGUCUUUGGGCUUUAAAUGGGACCCAGACCCAACUUACUAUGCAGAGCAUGAUAGUAUGACCACUAAUCACCCACUUCCACCUUCUGGCUGCCCCAGACUGGGAGUGUUUCUGGAUUGGCCUGCAGGGACUCUGUCCUACUACACAGUCUCAUUUAAUAAACUGAGUCACAUUCACACCUUCAGGACCAAAUUCUCUGAGCCUGUUGUUCCAGCCUUCAAGGUCUGCAGCAAAAACAGCUCCGUGUUGCUCUGUCUGUAAACUUGAUGCCACAUAAUUCAGUUCAGCUUUUUACACCAGAGCUGUAUAAAUGUGCCAUCAUGUCGGUCACAUUUAGUUAUUUAAUUUAUGACAACCAAUCAGCCUGUAUGAUCACAGCUAACAGACACUUAGAGCAUCUUUUCCGGAAAAAAAACCAGAUUGUUUUUGCUAGAUAUAUUUGGAUUUGUGUUCACAUAAAUGGGGCCCCACAUUAACCUCC